AUGGAAACCAAGAUUACGCUGUCCGAAUUGAUCAAGCCGGGUAAUGUGGCGGUAGUGACGGGGGCAAGCUCGGGUAUCGGUCGGGCGGCCUGUCUCCGGUUUGCCCAAUCCGGCAUGACGGUAUGGAUGGUGGAUGUGGAUGAAGCCGAGCUCGGGUUGGCGCACCAACUGGUACAACAGUCCCAAUCUGCUGCCGCCGUCGGAUCGGACGGGAACUCGACGCAAAUUCAUGCUCGUGUGGUGGACGUCGCCGACGAAAUUGCCGUACAAGAGUUGGCGACUGCCGUCUUUGCCCGGAACGGGGCAACCCACAUUCUCAUGAACAAUGCCGGUAUUGGACUAGGAGGAGGUGCUUUGACCGACAUGACGACGGUACAACGUGUGCUGAGCGUCAAUACGUACGGGCCCAUACACGGAUGUGUGGCGUUUGUGCCCAAAAUGAAGGCGUCCGACCAACCAGGUAUGGUGAUCAAUACGGGCAGUAAACAAGGCAUUACCAUGCCGCCGGGAAAUCUAACUUAUAAUAUCAGCAAAGCGGCUCUGAAAGCUUACACGGAAGGACUCGAACAUGAAUUCAUGCAGGAGCGAAUGGAAGGCGUGGGAAAGUUGCGAGCGGCACUCUUGGUUCCUGGAUGGGUCAACACGAGUAUUCUUCUCAAGGCACAGCAGCACAAGGCAUCUCAGCAAGGUCAAGACUUUGCUGUGUCCUCCGUAUCAUUCCACGAAGAGAAACCGGCAAGUGGCGCUUGGAUGCCCUCGCAAGUCAUCGACUUUGCCAUUCAAGAAAUUGAUGCGGAUCGAUUUUACGUAAUUUGCCCCGACAAUGACGUGGAUCGGGAAACGGACAAUAUGCGCAUGACUUGGACCAUGCAGGAUGUAACCCACAAUCGGCCACCUCUUUCGCGUUGGCAUCCAGCCUACAAGGACAAAUUCACAGAAUAUGUAAAAGCGGCGAGUGAAAACAGAAAGAGCCAAGCGUGA